AUGGCACCUUCAAAAUCAAUCAAGUACCUACUCUUUAUAUAUAUCGCAACUUCUUUGUUUUAUGCCACCUUCCAUGUGAUCCAAUUAAAUCAAAAUGCUCCAAACACGCAUACUGGAUCUCAACACAAAUCUGGGCGAAUAGCUCCCCGAUCAACCGAGGAUGAUUACACGACGACGUUGGAACAAUUUCCAAUCAUGGUAGAUGAUAACCUCGCUCAUCGUCAGCAAUAUGACAGCGAUGAUGUACUUGUGUCAAAAGCCUUCUCAACCGCAAUGUCAAAUGAGGUGCAACCAUACUACUAUAGAGCCAAGCACACAUUUCCAGCUGAGGACAUUACCAUCAGCACCCUUGUUACACAAAAUCGCUUUGCUGUCUUGAGUCGAUUGGCAUCUCAUUAUCGUGGUCCCAUCUCGGCAGCCAUCCACGUCACCAAUGACACCCACAUGCAAAACGUUAUGGAUGAUCUCGACCAAAUAGUGAAAAACAACACUGACAUGCAACAAUUCGUUGACAUUCAUUUGAUUGUCGAUAAGCAAGAUCGUCAAUUCAACAUGUGGCGAAACGUUGCAAGAAUGUUUGCACGUACCGAAUACAUCAUGAUGCUUGACGUGGACUUUCAUUUAUGCACCGAUCCACGCACUUCGCUUGAAAAGUAUCCUGAUCUCAAGCAACGCUUACGUGAAGGCAAUGCUGCUAUUGUGGUACCUGCAUUUGAAUUUGUGAAUCAAGAGGAUGGGGAGGAUUGGCAUCAAUUUCCUACCACCAAAAAAGAGCUUAUCAGCAGCAAGCAUGACGACAAGAUUGACAUGUUUCAUCGUACAUGGACACGUGGGCAUGGAUCCACAAAUUACUCCCACUGGUACGAUGCCACACAACCUUACAAGGUGACCGAUUACAAUUAUUCCUACGAACCCUAUGUAAUUGUCAGGAAGCACAAAGAAACGCCAUGGUGUCCCGAGCGAUUUGUAGGCUAUGGUGCAAACAAGGCUGCUUGUCUCUAUGAGAUUUACCUCUCUGGCAUCGAGUAUUGGGUGCUUCCACAAGACUUCCUCAUCCAUCAAACACAUCACUAUCCUGAAGAGACACGAUCAAAAGAGCGGCAGUACAACCGUAAACUAUACACCUUUUAUAGAGAAGAAAUAUGUGUGCGAUAUGCUCGAAAGAUGAAGGCCAAUGGUGAAUGGGACACUAGCAAGGCUGAUAAUCUCAAAAAAGAAUGCUCAAAGAUAAGCGGGUUCUCCAAGACAUUGGACAAGAUGGAUACAACAACGUAG